GUUUUUGUUUUGUUGUUUCAGUUUUCCAAAAUUUAUUUACAACAAAAUAAUACUAAUAAAAAUGGUUAUUGAAUAAUUUGUUUUAUAUGUAUGCAUUUAUUAAAAGUAGUAAUAACAUGGUUAUUGGUCAGAUUUAUUUUGAGCUUCAUACCUUUUAGCUAGUUGAUUUAUUAUUUAAAAAAAAAGGUAAUUCACAUUAAUAUAGAAAUAAACUAUAAUUUAUUACUAAAUAUUAAAAUUUGGAUUUCCAUGGAUAAUACGGAAAGAAAAGAGGGAAAUGAAGAUACAACAGUAACAAAUAUUAAGGUUGAGAGUAAUAUUAUUGUCAAACCUGAGUUCAUAAAGAAUGAACCUGCUCCAGUUGAUCUUUAUAAACAUGUUGAAGAUUAUGGACAUGGAGGUUUUGAUAUUAGUUUGGACCAAAUUAAAACAGAAUUAUCAGUUGAGGAUAUGACAUUUGAACAGAAUCAAGAUGAUUUAUCACAAUUCCAGUAUUUUAAUAGUGAUGUUCAUAAUAUAAAACCAGAGCAUACUGCUAAAGGAAGUCAAAGCAGUGAACAUGAUAGCUUCAAAAAUGAAAUUAAAGAGGAGCCCAAUAAAGAAGGUACACAUGAUGCUGAUGAUUCAGAUUUAAACGAAUACUCGUUAAAAAUUGAAAUAGAAGAUGAAAAUAAGGUUAUGCGAUAUGAAGACACACAACCAAACGAAAAAGACUUUCUCCAAGAGACGGACACUUUGGAAAUUAUGAAAACAAUAGAAGUACAUUCAUCUAAUGAAGAACAACUUACUAAUGACACUGCAGAAGAAAAAACACUAAAAUGUGAAAUUUGUGGUAAGAAGUUUGGCAGAAAAAAUAAUUUAAAUCUACACAUGAAAGCUCAUACUGGGGAAAAACCAUAUAAAUGUGAUAUUUGCUUUAAGCAGUUUUCCCAGAAAAAUAAUUUGAAAAUUCAUUCGAGAAUGCAUACUGGACAAAAGUCUUACAGCUGUGAAAUCUGUUUUAAGCAAUUUAGUGUAGCAGGAAGUUUGAAGAUUCAUUUAAGACUACACACUGGAGAAAUGCCAUACAAGUGUGAAAUUUGUUCUAAGCAGUUUACGCGAUUAGAUAAUUUAAAACAACAUAUGACAAUACACAACGGAGAAACAACUCACAAGUGUGAAAUUUGCUUGCAGCAGUUUUCUCGAGUAUAUAAUAUGAAACAGCAUAUGAGAAUACACACUGGAGAAAUAACUUACCAGUGUGAGAUCUGUUUAAAGCAAUUUAGUCGAGAUGAGAAUUUAAAAAAGCAUUUAAGGAUACACACAGGAGAAAAGCCGUACAAGUGUGAAAUAUGUUUUAAGCAGUUUGCACGACUAGAUAAUAUGAAAGAACAUGCGGCAAUACACAAUAAAAAGAAAACUUUCAAGUGUGAAAUUUGUUAUAAGCAGUUUUCUCGAAUAUAUAGUAUGAAACAACAUAUGGGAGUACAUAUCGGAGAAAAAACUUACCAGUGUGAAAUCUGUUUUAAACAAUUUAGUACAACAGGAAGUUUAAAGGUUCAUUUAAGACUACACACCGGAGAAAAACCGUACAAGUGUGACAUUUGUUUUAAACAGUUUCCUCAAGCAAGUAAUUUGAAACAGCAUAUGAUAUUUCACACUGGAGAAAAAAGUUACAAGUGUGAAAUUUGCUUUACGGAGUUUUCUCGAGAAGAAAAUAUGAAACAACAUAUGAGAAUACACACCGGAGAAAAAACUUACAAGUGCCAAAUUUGUUUAAAGCAAUUUAGUGAAUCAAGAACUUUGAAAAGUCAUUCGAGAAUACACACUGGCGAAAAGCCUUACAAGUGUGAAAUUUGUUUUAAGCAGUUUACUCAAAUAGGUCAUUUGAAAACACAUAUGAAAAUACACACCGGAGAAAAAACGUACAAGUGUGAAAUCUGUGAUAAACAAUUUAGUACAGCAGGAAAUUUAAAGGUUCAUAUAAGAAUACACACUGGAGAAAAGCCGUACAAGUGUGAAAUUUGUUUUAAGGAGUUUCCUCAGGCGGGUAAUUUGAAACAACAUAUUGUAUGUCACACUGGAGAAAAAAUCCACAAGUGUGAAAUUUGUUUUAAAUCGUUUAGCGCAGCACAUCAUUUGAAAUAUCAUAUAAGAACUCACACUGUGAAGAAACCUUAAGGCGGAG